UGUUUCUUUGUAACAAAUUACCCUGUCAUAAAUUUUAAACUUUCUUUUUUCUUUUGUUUAUUGUUUCUUUUUAACAAAUUACCCUAUCAUAAAUUUCAAAACUCUUUUGUUUAUUGUUUUUCUAACAAAUGAGAAACUUGUCUCAACAUGUUUUCGAAAGUCCUUUGUGCUCAUCACCACCACCGCCGCUCAGGUAAAGAGACUUUAUUAUUAUUUCAUAUAUGUAAUGGAAUUUUUAUUUGAUUAUUUAUAAUUUGAGUUAGAUUACAUAUGCAUAUGUAUUCUAAUUUAAAUUAUAAAUAAUUAAAUAAUAAAAAUUAUAUUACGUAUAUUCCACUCCAGUUAGAGUUUGCUCUCUAUCUCUCUCCCACUACACUAAUCGUAUAAGCAGCGCCCUUAUCUUGGCUGCUAGCGAGCGCCGAUAUCAGGCUGCUAGAUUUUACAAACAUAAAAACUUUAAAUUUUUAAAUAAAUAAAUAAAUAAAAUAAAAUAACAUGCGGAUGCUGUAGUCUGCGUUUAAUAUUAUACCUGAAAAUUUCUUUGAUACAAUUGAACCUAUAGUAACAUAAUAAAUCUUAGCUUUCUCUUUUUCGAAAUUCUUUUCAAAGAUCAUGUGACUUACAAAUAGCAUAAGUAUAUAUAGGUGAGACUCUUAGAGCAUCCCUUAGACGUUUUCAAGUCUAUUUCUGAGCAAGUUUAUCCGAAGUCUGUGUGCAGCUAGUUUUCAAGUGUGAUUAGUAAAAGAUAUAGUUUUUCCGAAAAAUGAGUAAUAUGGAAAUCGAAGUUAUCGACAUCGCUGAUGAUGAUUACAUCGAAGUUAUCGACAUCGCUGAUGAUGAUUACAUCGAAAUCAUCGACAUCGCGGACGAUGAUGAUGAAGUCGAAAUUGAAGAUGUACAUAAUGUACAUUGUGUAAAUAAUGUAAAUAUAGAUGUAAAUAAUGAAGAAAAUAUAAAUAUGGAUGUAAAUAUGGAUGAACAAAUCGACGUUGCUGACAUCGUACAACAUCAUAUAAACGACGAGAAUUUUUUUUAACAUCAUCGAUGAUUUUGAUGAAAAUGUGCCGGAUUUCCACCUUGAGGAGGAACAAGAGGAUAACGAGAGCGUGCUGUCUGAAGAUAGCAAUUACAAUAGUGACUGUAGUGAUGAUUUUGAAGAAUCUGUGGAAAGGCCUAUCAGUAUUAGGCAAGUCCAAGCCAUAAACGAAGAAACGAAACAUUGUGCUAUUUUUUCAUACUAUAAAACCGAGCAGACAUACGGCACAGGCACAUACACGGCUUGUGCUGAAUGCAUGGUGGAAUUGAUGGUCGCAGACGUGGACCAUUUUUUCGCCGUCCGUCAACACCUUACGGACAGGUUUACGGCAAUUAGCAGCAAAUAUUGCUCUAAUUGUCGUAAACCAGUAUACAUAUUAAUUCCAUGCAAUAUGUGUCCGGUCUGCACACAUAAAAAAAAAAAAAAAAAAAAAAAUAAUAAUAAUAAUAAUUAAAUAAAUAAAAAAAAAACUAUGAAAAAACUAAGAAAAAAAUCACAAAUAAAAUAAAGUUAAAAAAACAUACAUUUCUUGACAAUAGUCACCAUUUCCACCACCACUACCACUAUUAUUGGAGGGGCGCACCGUAUAAGAAGAACAUCGCCAUACAUCAGUCGCUCAUUACGAAUAUCCUCACUACAGUCGCUCAUUACCAAACGGACAACAAAGGAUAACGUUGGCUGCUGGAGUCAAUUGGAAAAACGUACUUCCCGAAGAUGAACUACUACGUUCCAAUCCAGGAAAACGAAGCUCAUGAUAAACCAAAAUCACAGCCGCGCCAUACACCUCGCAUCCUGAGAAGGAGAUUUCCCCUUACGGCUACAUCCUACAAGUACUUGGAAAUGGGGAUCAGCGUGGAGUCUGAGCCUUUUGUGGAGAUGAUUCUUGGCGACAACAAGGGAAAUCAGCUAAUUUUGCCAUAUAUAACAUGGCAAAAAUUUAUCGAGAGACGUGUGGAUAUUGAAAAACUUAUACGAGCAACUAUACCAUCUUCGAGACUUUUUAUUUGUGAUUUAGUAAUAGAAAUUGUAAACGUACACGAUAAAGGUAUCGUAAGAUUAACACUGUGUAAUACCUGUAUAUAUAUGAAACCAUCAACUGUACAAUUUUUACUUAAUCUCGAACACUGCAUUGAAUCUGUAUAUAAUCAAUUAUAUCAAAAUACUUAUAGUGUAAGCGAUAAAUAUAAGAAGUUUAUUACUAUUUUGCGUCAAAAUUAUGUUACUAAUAAGUAUGAUGCUAUAAAAAUUCUGAAUGAAAAUUACAAUAAAACUUGUAUCAUAGAAUGCGAACUAGUGACUUAUGCAUCCGAUAAUAUUGUAUAUGAUGCUUUACAUAAUUAAUAAAUAUGUUUUUGUAUAAAUGUUAAAAAUUAUUUAAGAAUUAUUCCUAUCUCCUAUCAAUUAUCCUAAUAUAUAAAAUUAAUUUAAUUUGUUAAAUGUAGUUUUUAUUAAAGAGAGAAAAAAAGAAAGGGAAAUAUGAUGGGAAAAAUAAAAUAAAGUAAAAGAUUAUAUAUAUUUUAUUUGUUAUUUUUAUUAUUAUUAGACCACCAAUUAUACAGUUUGAAUACAUUCUGUAAAGCGCAAUUGUUCACAUGAUUCCGACAGCGUAAAGUAUGCGUAACAUCCAUUUUAUUUAGAGGUUUUAUGUCUUCGUAAUGCACCUCGAUGUUUUCGACAUAGACUUUCUGUCUCGCGGAUGUGAUUUGAGGUCGCAGUUGAGCACCAAUACCUAGCUGCUUUAAAAAAUUAGAGAGGUAGGGAGAGGAACAACGCAUGUACGUUUCCUAUUACUUCCUUCUUUCUUGAUACCAUUAUUCUCUCUCUAGCAUCUACCCUUUACUGCAUAAUCCUCACGUUCUCUCUUAAGCUAUUUUUAUUCUCUCUCAUACUUUUACCUAAACGUAUGCUCUCACUUGCUCCAACUGAUCGCAGCAUAAUCUGGUUCUCGUUCACAUUCGUUUCUUUGCUUGCGGUAUUGUACUAAAGCAAUAGGCGUGAGAGAUAAAAAAAAAAACAAUAUGUUGAAUAUACGUUUAAAUAUGCUGUAUAAUACUUCAAUUAUUGCAAACUUUUUUAUCCUAUCGAUUAUUUCACUCAAACGAGUAAGUGCAUUGUUUCAAAAUUCAACAAUACAGCUAAGAUGUAUCAUUGCAAAGUUUCAUUAACAUCUGUUCAUUAAUUUUACGUUUAAUACAGCAAUAAAAA